ACUUAACUUUAACUGCAUCCAUAUCUUUAAUAUUUUUCCGGUGUGUAUGGUCGUUUGUUUACUGCGUUGUGCACGUGCUGAUAAUAGUGCCGCAUUUGUUUUAGAUGAUUUGUAAAAGUUUUAACUAAUAUCAUCAAUUUUUGAAUUGUUAUGGGUGCUCCAGGCUUUUCACCUCGAGGUGAUAGAGGGGGACGUGGAAGAGGUGCUGGAGGUUUUAGAGGUGGACAAAGAGGAAAUUUUCGUGGAGGCCGUGGCGGUGAUCGAGGUGGAUUUCGUGGAGGUUCAGGACGAGGUGGUGGUUUCAGAGGAGGUAGAGGUGGUGGUGAUAGAGGCGGACGAGGAGGAUUCCGCGGUGGUAGAGGUGGGCGAGGUAGAGGAGGCACACCAGGUAGAGGAGGCAAGAAGACUGUUGUUGAGCCCCAUAGGCACGACGGUGUGUUCAUCUCAAGAGGAGCUACAGAUACCUUGCUUACUCUUAAUUUAGUUCCAGGCGAUACUGUUUAUAAUGAAAAAAGAAUAUCUGUAGAAGAAAAUAAUGAAAAAAUUGAAUACAGAGCAUGGAAUCCAUUCCGUUCUAAAUUAGCUGCUGCAAUUAUGGGUGGCAUUGGAGACAUUCACAUGAAAAGGGGAUCCAGGGUUCUGUAUUUAGGAGCUGCCUCUGGUACAACAGUGUCUCACGUAUCUGAUUUAGUAGGGCCUGAAGGAUUGGUUUAUGCCGUGGAGUUUUCACAGCGUUCCGGACGAGAUCUUUUAAGUGUUGCCCAAAAAAGAUCGAAUAUUGUUCCAAUCAUCGAGGAUGCUCGUCUUCCCUUGCGCUACCGUAUGCUCGUUGGAAUGGUUGAUGUUAUCUUCUCUGAUGUGGCUCAACCUGAUCAGGCUAGAAUUCUAGCAUUGAAUGCCCAUCAAUAUUUAAAAGAUGAAGGGCAUUAUAUUAUUUCCAUUAAAGCGAACUGUAUUGAUUCUACAGCUAGCCCAGAAGCUGUUGUUGCUAGUGAAAUUGAAAAGCUACGUUCUGAGAGGUUGAAGCCUCUUGAAUCAUUAACUUUGGAACCUUAUGAAAGAGAUCAUACUGUUAUUGUUGGCAUUUUUAGACCAAGAGCUAAGAAUGAUCAGAAGAUGGAAGCAGAAUGAAAGUUUUUUUAUUCUAUUGAUGUAUUUGUUCAUAAGAUCAUUGUUUUUACAUUGACCAAUUAAAAAUGUUUUUAUUUUA